CCUUGACCAACUUCCUGUGCAAUUUUGACAACUUUUUGACUACAUAAUUAUCCUCUCAAGAAUAUUUUUUCAGAGGAAUGAUCUAGUUGAAAUUUCUUGAAAAAGAGAGAAAAUUUAGCUCUCUCUUUCAGUUUUAUUUCUAAUAUUUCAGUCUAAAAACAAAGAAUCAGCUCCUUUUACUAAAUUCAAGCUUUAAAAGAUUAACGUUGGAUGAAGAGCUUGGGUAGUAAGUACAAUUGUUCCCUUGCUACAUUCCAGCCCUGACCUUGAGUUCACUGUAAAAAUCGAGAUUUUGAAGGAAUAGAUUUUACUGAGACUAAUUACUGUACAAAAUUAUUUAGUAGGAAACGGCUUAAUAGGUCCUUCAGAAUUGUUCUAAUUAUUCCUCUUGUGGCUAAGGUUUUUGUGUACCCUUUCACCAAGAAGAGUAGCGAAUUACUGAAUAAUUUUAGAAAUGUUGAGGUUGAUCAUUUCUAUUGGAAGAUCUACAAUAUUCAGAGCUCAUGGAUUCGAUUUUGAUGAUCAUCAAGACCACUUUUCCUAAGAAUCUGAUUCUUUAUGAGUACUCUCAGCUAGUAAGGAUUUUAUCCGAUGUGAAGAUACUUUUGGAAUAAAAAUGGCAUAAAAGGUUAAGCCUACAACAUUCUAUAAAGAGACUUGAUGGCGAGAAAUAAGUCAAUUUAAUCAACUGAAGUGAAAGAUCUGGUAAAAAUGAGUGAAAGAUCUGGUAAAAAUGAGUAAAACUCUUGAAGAUACGAUUUGCGAUACAGAAAAAUGCUUAAAUCUUGAAUGAAAGCCUGGAGACUAAGCAGCUAAAAUCCUGAGCCAAAGAGGCUAUGAUUCAAGCCCUAGCGAGUUUAGAGCCUGAACUAGCCAGUACCAACUAUAAGGAGUAUCAGUUUCAUGGCGAGUUAUGAAGAAGUUACAAACAACAAGUUUAACUUUUAGCAAGAUUAAACUUUAAUAUUUCUAAC